CGUACCUGGACAGGGCUUUCAGUCAUUCAUCUUAACCAGGCGUCACCCACUAUCGACUGCCUAGUCCAGUUAAUCUCAGUCGCAUCCUCUCCUAUGGCUCACUGUGAACCUCCAAACAGUUCUUACCGUUCCCAUUUGCGAUGAAACAAGGGGAGAACACUGUUUCUGCCAGUCACAGCUCAUCCUUCCAAACGCCGGACAAGCCCACUUCAGGCGCACGCCUUUCAACAACAGCAAACGCAGCAAAUGGGCAGCUCAAAUGUGACCUCUCAUCGUCUUCCUCGCUUUCUGAAAGGUUGUAUAAGAGAAAACCUUUACCUAGCACACUAGACCAGACCACUCUUACACAGAUCGACUUUGUGACGCCCACACCACAGCCAUCUCGAUCGGACGAAAGCCUUCAGUAUCUCGAUGGAAAGCAGCCGCAGCCGGGUCAGCGGAAUGGCCGAGAAGUGAUAGACCUCGAUGACGAUUCCAACAACGAUGGCGAUCUCCGGCUACCCUCUGGCCGCCAGUCUCGUCGAGCCCGUGGCGUCAGGUUCGAACAAAAUCCGAGCGAUGCAUCGAGCAAGCAAUUCAAGACUCCUCGCCAGCGCGAAGUCGACACGAAGCCGAAGCGCAGGAAAAUUGGCACUGGCGUCAAGAGCCACAAGCUGGACAAGGAUGCGAAAAAGGGGAACAAGACUCUGACGCAGAUGGACUAUGUGCGACGCUAUCUGAAGAUAGAGCCAGACGAUGAGGUGAAGUUGGAAUAUACUUAUACCACUCCGAAAAAGAGCGAUAGGAAGCAGGCAAAUCGGCACGUUUCUGAUACUUUCGCCUUGCAACCUGACCACUUCUCUGAUCAAGAGGCCUCAAGCGGUGGCAAGAAACGGAAACUGAGCAUGACGGCUGAUACAAAGGUUAAGCUGGACACCGAGGAGCCCUUGGACCCGGGAUCUGUGACCCCCCGAGCAAAGCGGGAGCGUGAGAUACCGUCAUCCCAGUCUCCUCAAAGCUCGAGUCUCGCAGUCAUCACAUCGUCACAAUUCCGUACCGCCACACGUACUCCGCAAAAGCACGAUGCGGACGACAUUCCAGGUCGGUGUAUCAAGCAGGAGUCCCCUUUUCUACGACGGAUCAAGGGGGAAGCAUCUCAGAGUCCGAUGCGUGAAAUUCCAGAUUCUAAUGAAACCCUUCCCUCUACCGUGGUUCCAGACUCUCCGUUACCGUGCAAUACUGUAUGUGAGGGAACAGGGAUUGCGCAGUUAUCUGAACACUUGAAGUCGGAAAAGCAUGAUGAGCCGCAUGCAAUUAGUGAACAUGUCCCAACUACGCAGAGAACUGUGGUAUAUGAGACAGAUGCGGAGACAGAUACGGACACAGACUACGGCGAUCUGGAAACUGAUUUGCCGAAUCCCAUGGAGACACUUCGAAAAAGAAGAGUACCGCAUUAUGAUCCCGGUGCAGUCAAUCUCGAGCAUGAGGAUGCCUCGGAAGAGAGUUCCCAAGCUCUUCCUCCGGUCACUGCUCCUGAGAUGGAAGAGGAGUUAGAGCAGCCGCUUCUGGAUGACAACCCUACUUCGGAUGCAUCAAUAUACUACCAGAGGAUACAGCCAGCGACUCAAUUUCCUCUCGGACCAGUGCCAAACCUAAAUACUCAAAGACUAGCGGAACUCUUCCCGGACGACCUCAACGAUGAAAGCAUUGCUACUAUGUCAUUGACAGAGUCAUCUUCCAGAACGCCCAAACGCAUGAGUAAUGCAUCUGAUACCAACGGGCUGGAUCAUGAUCCGCACAAAUCCACAGAGAUUGUUCCAGAAUCUUCGCCCAUUGUCCGACAGGACGAUGGCGGAAGGGCCAGCUUUCGGACACCUGCCCAGCGUCUUGCUUCCCGUGAUAUAGUGCAGGUCGAGUCAUCUCAGCCAGCAGACAGGCAUCGAACUCGGUCCCAGGGUCAAGAUGAUUCAGGCCCUCGGGGUAUAUUCAGGAAGAGUGACCUACUUACAUCAAGCGUGAUGGAAAGCAUUCCCAUGCCGAUGUUUUUACUGGACAGCCAGGACAGUAUUGGUGAGCCUUACAGCUCACAGCAGGGAUCGUAACUCUUGACGAAUGCAAUUCCAAGACAGAGAUAUUAUAUAUAAUGCUAUGAAUAUAUGAAUGACGAGC